GGUGCCAAGAAAUAACAACACAUGACUGGUGUUAACUUUACACUGGCUACUGAAUUUGUCCUUUUGGGUCUGACUGACCAGGAUGAUCUGAAAGUGUUUCUCUUCAUGCUGUUCCUGCUGAUUUAUACUAUUGCCUUGGUGGGAAAUCUAGGAAUGAUUUUAUUAAUUCAAAUCACUCCAAAACUUCAUACACCCAUGUAUCAUUUCCUUAGCUGUCUGUCAUUUGUGGAUGCCUGCUAUUCCUCAGUCUUUGCACCCAACAUGCUGUUGAAUUUUGUGGUUGAAAGGGAGACCAUCUCGUUUUCUGCAUGCAUUGCACAGUAUUUUUUCUUUGCUUUAUUCAUUACCACCGAGGGCUUCCUACUGGCAGCGAUGGCUUAUGACCGCUAUGUGGCCAUUGCAAACCCUCUACUUUAUACUGUAACCAUGAACAAAGUAAUCUGUGUUGUUCUCGUUGUUGGAUCACUUGUAGGCGGUGUCAUCAACUCAUUGACACACACGAUUGGUUUACUGAAGUUGUCUUUCUGUGGGCCCAAUGUCAUCAGUCACUUUUUCUGUGACAUUCCUCCACUGCUGAAACUGUCCUGUUCUGACACCUCCUUGAACGAACUGCUGCUUUUGAUCUUCUCUGGUGUCAUUGCCCUGCUUACUUUCCUGAUUGUGAUGGUCUCCUAUGUCUUCAUUGUCGCUGCUAUUCUGAGAAUCAGGUCAGCGGCUGGUAGACACAAAGCCUUUUCCACAUGUGCUUCACAUCUAACGGCUGUGACAUUACUCUAUGGUUCUGUGAGCUUUAGUUACAUUCAACCAAGCUCUCAAUAUUCCUUAGAACAAGAAAAGGUGGUGUCUGUGUUUUAUACGCUGGUGAUCCCCAUGUUAAACCCAUUAAUCUACAGCUUAAGGAACAAAGAAGUGAAGGAUGCUGUGAAAAGGGCUGUGGAGAUGAAGUAUUUCCCUUGUUAA